AUGUCAGUUGGCAAGUCUGCCAAGAGUGUAGUGGACCAUAUUAGUAUUUACGUGUCUUUCUGGGUAGUGUUCCGUCUCUUAGAAGCGGGUGAAGAUCUUCUAGGCUUGGGGCUCCAUUCUGAUGCAUCUAUUCUCAGGGAAGUGGAUUCCACAUUUGUGGAGCUAGUAGAAGAAGAGUCUUUGUGGGAGGUAGCAGGCUCUGACCGGGUAAAGAUGAAUUUUAAGUACAUAGUUGCAGUGUCCAUUUUAAUAGCAUCUGCAUAUGCACGAAGUGAAGAGAACGACAUACAGUCUCUGAGUCAGAGGGAUGUUUUAGAAGAAGAAUCACUGAGGGAAAUCAGAGGUAUAGGAGCAUCCAUCCUAAGUGCUGGUAAAUCAGCUUUAAAAGGCUUGGCUAAAGGAUUGGCUGAGCAUUUUGCGAAUGGGAAGAGAACAGCUGAAGAACAUGAAGUGAUGAAAAGACUGGAAGCCGCAAUACAGUCUCUGAGUCAGAGGGAUGUUUUAGAAGAAAAAUCACUGAGGGAAAUCAGAGGUAUAGGAGGAGCCCUCCUAAGUGCUGGUAAAUCAGCUUUAAAAGGCUUGGCUAAAGGAUUGGCUGAGCAUUUUGCGACUGGGAAGAGAACAGCUGAAGAUCAUGAAAUGAUGAAAAGACUGGAAGCCGCAGUGCGUGAUCUAGAUUCCUUGGAUCAUCCAGAGGAAGCUUCUGAAAAGGAAACCAGAGGCUUCAAUCAAGAGGAAAAAGAGAAACGCAUUAUAGGGCCAGUAUUAGGUAUGGUUGGUAGUGCACUUGGAGGUUUACUUAAAAAGAUUGGAUAAUUAAAGCCAGAAAAACUUUGCUUUCAUGAAUAUUUGUAAAAUGAAGCCAAUCAGAUAACAUAUAAUAAAACAUAAAUAAAGCACAAAAAAGAUAUUUAAACAAACUGCAUGUUCUCUACUCUGCUAUUAAAUAAAAAUCAUAUGAGCAAAA